AUGGCCAAAAACACAUCUCUUUAUUUUCGAAUUGUCGAGGGCAGGAACCUCCCAGCCAAAGACGUCUCCGGGACCAGUGAUCCAUACUGCAUUGUCAAGGUUGACAACGAAAUUGUGGCCAGGACCGCCACAGUAUGGAAGAACCUCAGUCCUUUCUGGGGUGAAGAGUACACACUGCACCUCCCAAUGGGAUUCCAUUCACUCUCGUUUUAUGUCAUGGACGAGGACACUAUCGGCCAUGAUGAUGUCAUCGGCAAGAUAUCUCUGAGCAAAGAAACCAUUGGAUCUCAAGCUAAAGGGAUAGAUAAUUGGCUGAACCUGACACGAGUGGACCCAGAUGAAGAAGUUCAGGGCGAGAUCCACCUGAGUCUUGAGCUGCUGGAAGACGCAGAGAGGAUCAGCCUGCGAUGUCAAGUCAUAGAAGCCAGAGACUUGGCUCCAAGAGACAUCUCCGGGACCUCCGAUCCAUUUGCCAGAGUUAUUUUCAACAACCACAGUGCAGAGACUUCGAUUAUCAAGAGGACUCGCUUCCCACACUGGGGAGAGACUCUGGAGCUGGAGCUGGACUCAGAGGAGCUGAGUGAGGAGGGAACUGUCACUCUGGAGGUCUGGGACUGGGAUAUGGUGGGCAAGAAUGACUUCCUGGGAAAGGUGGAAAUAUCUUUUGCUUGCCUGCGCAAGACACCUCAGUUAGAGGGCUGGUUUCGUUUGCUACCCUUGGGAAACAAUGGAGAUGAUGCUGGCGGCAAAUUGGGAGCGUUGCGUCUGAAGGUGCGUUUGGUGGAGGAUCGUAUCCUGCCCUCCAUUUACUAUCAGCCCCUCAUUGACCUGCUGGUGGAGUCAGUCAUCUCCCCUACAGAGGUGGAGGACAGCAGCCCGUUGACCAUGCUGGAGGAAGUGACCACAGUCGAGAGCCGGCAGGACGUAGCAAUGACCUUGGUGAAGAUAUACCUGGGCCAGGGCUUGGUGGUGCCCUUGCUGGACUACCUCAACACCCGGGAGGUUAACCACACCACUGAUCCAAACACGCUAUUUCGCUCCAACUCCCUUGCCUCCAAAGCCAUGGAACAGUUUAUGAAGGCUGUCGGCAUGCUUUAUCUGCAUGAUGUGCUAAAGCCCAUCAUCAACCGCAUCUUUGAUGAAAGGAAAUACAUUGAACUGGACCCAUGUAAGAUCGACCUGAACCGCACCAGGCGGAUCUCGUUUAAAGGUGCGGUGUCAGAGGCUGAGGUGCGGGACAGCAGCGUGGAGAUGCUGCAGGACUACCUGUCCAGCAUCAUCGAGUCGAUCAUCAACUCAGUCGAUCAGUGCCCUCCUGUCAUGAGAUUGGCCUUCAAACAGCUGCACAAGAGGGUGGAGGAGCAAUUCGCUGAACCUGAGAAUGAGGAUGUGAAGUAUCUUGCCAUCAGUGGAUUCUUUUUUCUUCGUUUCUUUGCACCUGCUAUCCUCACACCUAAACUGUUCCAUCUGAGGGACCAGUAUGCAGAUACACGCACAAGCAGGACAUUGUUACUGCUGGCCAAGGCAUUACAAAGUGUCGGGAACUUGGGCCUGCAGCUGGGGCACGGCAAGGAGCAGUGGAUGACACCUCUCCAUCCCAUCAUCCUUUGCAGCGUGGCCUCUGUCAAAGACUUCCUAGAUAAGCUGAUCGACAUCGACCAUGACAGUGUGUCCAAGGUGCCCCACAGGGCUGUGUUCCUGCCUUCAGUCAUAGUAAAGGAGGGUUACCUCCAGAAACACAAGGCAGAGGGACCCCAACUUCUCUCUCGCUUUGCCUUUAAGAAACGCUAUUUCUGGCUGACCAGCGAGAGCCUCUCCUAUGCCAAGACUCCUGACUGGCAGGUGCGCUCUUCAAUCCCAAUUCAGUGUGUGUGCGCAGUGGAGAGGGUGGAUGAAAAUGCCUUUCAGCAGCAGAACGUAAUGCAGGUCAUCACCCAGGACAACGAUGGGCAGCUGCACACCAUGUACAUCCAGUGCAAGAAUGUGAAUGAGCUGAACCAGUGGCUGUCAGCCAUCAGGAAAGCCAGCAUCUACAAUGAGCGCAUGCUGCCCUCUUUCCACCCUGGAGCUCAUCGUGGUGGGAAAUGGUCCUGCUGCCUGCAGGCAGACCGUGUUGUUUCAGGCUGCAGUAGAACGCACUCUGCUGUGACGCUGGGCGACUGGAGUGACCCGCUGGACCCUGACGUAGAGACUCAGACCAUUUACAAACAGCUCCUGCAGGGCAGAGACAAACUCAGGAAAAAAUAUCUGGACGUGCCCGAUGAUGACAAAACCGUUGAGGAAGAAAAAAAACUCAACUCUGCCAUUCAUCCAGACGGGGCACAGUGCAGUGUCCAGGUCACGAAUCCCAGCCGGGGUGUCGCUGCUCGGCUCUUAAGGGUGAUUGUGGAUCUGGAAGAGGCUCACGCCACCUUCCAGCGCAGGGAAAAGGAGGAGGGCACCAGUGUCAUUCCCCUGAAUCCUUAG